GUUACUUUUUACCCUUUCCCAACAUACACUAUACAGCAACACGAUCACGAUCCACCUUUUUUUUCUUCAUCGAUUAUCACAAAGUUGAUAGUCGAAGGAUCAAGAAACGUCCGCACAUAGAGAAUUAGAAUUCUAAACCGAAGAUCUGAAAUGGCAGACGAAACUCAAGGCGCGUCGAACAACGAACGCCUUUUAGCCGCUGCGCGUGAAGAUAACGAAGAUUUAAUCCUUGAAGUCUUUAAAGAAGGACGCUUUGACAUCAACUUCCAGGACGGGUUGGGGAAUACAGCUUUACAUAACGCCGUUACCAACGGCUCUAUAACCGUCUUAGAACAUAUUUUAUCUCACGAUGACUGUGAUGUGGAUCCUAUAAGCAGGAUAGAGAAGAACACACCACUUCAUCUUGCAGUCAAAUUACAAGAUCCGGAGUUGAGAGCACACACCGUAGACAGCUUAUUAGAUGCAGGGGCUGACACUACGAUAAGAAACAAGUAUGGAGAAAGUGCACUUGAUCUCGUUCCACCUGAGGAUGACGCUACAAGAAUGUUGAUCAAGAAGGCUAAUGCGCAGAGCUAUGUGAGCGCUGGGGAUAUUGCUAAUGACGAUGAUGACGGAGAACCGGGUUCUGGUUCUGGCUCUGAUGAUGACUGAAAUGAAACAAGAAAGGAAAGCCGAUGCACGGAUAGCUCGUAUAUGAGGUUUGAUGGAUAACCUACUACUGUUUAUCAGCCUGACGCGGAAUUGAUUGGAGUUUUUGGUAUUAUUGUUCAUGGAACUUAAGCUGGUCUGGGGAAAGCUUGAUCGAUGUUUUCGACAUUGAUGAGCAGUGAUUAAUCGAUUCCCAUCAUAUGGCGCUG